AUGGCCGCUCCUUCUCAAGCCAUGGCUCCCACGGAUGCCGAGCUGCUGCAGGCGCAAGCCGACCUAUGGCGCCACAGCCUCUACUACCUCACGUCCAUGGCGCUGAAGUGCGCGGUGGAGCUCCACAUCCCGACCGCCAUACAUGACCUAGGUGGGGCCACCACGCUGCCGGAGCUGGUGACCGCGCUGUCCCUCCCCAAGACCAAGCUUCCAUUCCUCGGCCGCGUGAUGCGGCUGCUGGUCACGUCGGGGAUCUUCGCGUCUGACGGCAGCAAUGGAGAUGGGGCAGAGGCCGUGUACCGCCUCAACCCACUCUCCUGGCUCCUGGUAGAAGGUGUGGAAUCGGAGGACCACACCUACCAGAAGUACUUCGUGCUCGCCACCGUCUCCCGGCACUACGUUGAGGCCGGCCUUUCUCUGGCCGACUGGUUCAGGAAGGAUCUGCCUGAGCCGCCGCCAUCGCCGUUCGAGGAUUUACACGGUGUGCCUCUCGUCCAUGAGAGCACCAAGCUCCUCGACGAAGAGCUUGACAGGAUCGUGGAAGAAGGUGUCGCGGCGCAUGAUAACCUGGCGAUCGGGACGAUUAUACGGGAGUGCAGUGAUGUUUUCAGUGGCCUCCACUCGCUGACCUAUUGCUGUGGUAGACAGGGAAACACCAGUGCCAAGGCGAUCAUCAGCGCGUUCCCCGACAUCAAAUGCACUGUGCUGAACCUUCCAAGGGUUGUUGAGACGACGACACCUGUAGCAGUACCAUCUGAUGAUGCUGUUAGCAAUGUCACGGGUGAUUUGUUCCACACCAUCCCGCCUGCUCAGGCUGUGAUGCUCAAGCUUGUACUGCACUUUUGGAGCGACGAGGAUUGUGUGAAGAUCCUGAAGCAAUGCAGGAAGGCAAUUCCUUCUAGAGAAGAGGGAGGGAAGAUGAUCAUUAUAGAAAUACUUCUUGAGCCUUACAUGGGCCCAAUAAUGUACGAAGCCCAACUCUUGAUGGACAUGCUCAUGAUGGUGAAUACCAGAGGUAGGCAGCGUACUAAAAAUGACUGGCGCCAGAUCUUCACUAAAGCUGGUUUCUCUGACUAUAAGGUUGUUAAGAAAAUAGGAGCUCGUGGUGUCAUCGAAGUCUACCCGUAA